GGAAAAUUAAUUGAAUGAUAGAGGCAUAUAUCAUCAUGAUAAAGGCAAAUCAAAAUGGUUUUGCAAAUGCAAAGACAUUUUCUUUGCUCCUAUAACCGUGUGGAAGUUUCUACCCUCCAUCCCAAACUCUCAAACUUUUCUACUUCCACUAUGUCCCACAUACUCCCUCUCUUGUCUUUACACCUAAGACUUAUAUAUACACUUGUAGAUACAUUAUAUAUAUUCAAAUACACUUGAAAAGUUUUUAAGAGUAAAAAGAAACAUCAAUUCAAUUCAACUAUUUCAAUGGUAGAUAUCCCACCUGGUUUUCGUUUCUUCCCAACUGAAGAAGAGCUUGUUAGCUUUUACCUAAAGAACAAGCUUCAAGGAGAAAGAAAUGCUUUUGAUAGGGUUAUUCCUGUCAUUGACAUCAAUGGUGUAGAACCAUGGAAUCUCCCACCUCUUGCGGGGGAGCUAUGCCGCGAAGAUAAAGAGCAAUGGUUUUUCUUUUCGCCGGGGCAAGAGAGAGAAGCAAGAGGAGGGAGGCCUAAUAGAACAACUGGAUGUGGUUAUUGGAAGGCAACAGGUUCUCCUGGUUAUGUUUAUUCUUCUGAUAAUAAAGUGAUUGGAGUGAAGAAAACAAUGGUGUUCUAUAGAGGAAAAGCUCCUAGUGGAAGGAAAACUAAAUGGAAGAUGAAUGAAUACAGAGCCAUUCAAUUGUGUAACCAAUCCAAUACUGCCACACCUCAGUUAAGGCGAGAAUUCAGUUUGUGUCGAAUAUACGUGAUAUCAGGAAGUUUUAGAUCAUUUGACCGGCGUCCAUUAGAGAAUGAAAGAAAUGACCGAUUUCGAGUUAACCAGAUCGAUCAAAAUUCAUUUGUCGUAACGUGUACUAAUCAAAAUGCAAGAAUGGAUCAUGCAUCAAGUUCAUUUGAAAUUUCUCAAUUAGGAGGAUUCCAAAGUGUUUAUGAUCUUCCAGAGGUUGGAGGGGGUUCAAAUAGCAGUAAUUGGAAUGUAAAUAACAAUGGUGAUAAUGGUGAUGAGGCUCAACUCCAAGAACCAUUAUGGGAAUGGGAAUGUGAACAUUUUAGUUGGACUUAAUUCUAGGUCAAGCAAGACCCGUCAAGUAUACGUGGCUAAUUCGGAUCCUCAAAUACCAACCAGCCUCAGCCUGCAAGGCAUAAACAGUAGAUUACUUCUAAUUGUAAUUCUUUCAUUUUUUUCUUUCUAAUUUUCAUUGA